AUGUCUGAACUACGACCCGAAAUACCACCCCGUCUCUUAGCUCUUAUGCCACGAUAUCGAGAUACACUUGAAAUGAACCCGAAACCAUCGGUCACAGUGUCACGAUCAGUCUCUGAUUUCCUUGAGGCCAAGAUUCGCCAGUACCACUGCGAACUAGACUAUAUCAAGUGUGCCCAUGCUGGGCUAUCCGAGAUCUUUGUAGCAGAGAAUCUGUCACCAUCUGAUUAUUGUGAGGCUCUCAACCCUUUUUUGGCUCAAACUAAGAGCGUGACCACCGAACUCCGAACUAUUGCAGAGCACCGCAAGUUUAUUGAGGAAGAUAUCGAAGAGUACUCAGCAAAUAAGCGACAGAAGACUAAUGGAAAAGAGCUUGAGUUCGCUAAAGGCUCGGAUGCUCGCCCUGCAAAGCGUUUUCUUUACUUCCGCUUCAUCAUCACAUACAUCUUUUGCAAGAAGAACUCGAAUAUGGAAUUUACAAAGGAAAUUGAGGCCAAACAUGAUUUCUGGCCAUGUCCCGGGCCAUAUCUCCGAGAAAGUAUGCUCCGCGUGCUCGCACGCAACAUUUCCGGUUUCGAUCUCCCAGGUUCGAUGUUGGAGCAAACUACCUUCUCAGACUCAGCUCACCCAUGCCCUGACGAUAAAAUUUCUUCCAGUCUCAUCGCCGCACAAGAUAUCUAUACGGCAGUAACCGCAUGCAUGAAGAAUUCGGGCGAAAUAGAUUCGGAAACAGGUUCCGAAACUGAGAGUGAUGAUGAGGAUGAUGAGUUUACGGUACACGAGGACGAUUACAACAAGUACUGGUAG